AAGCAAAAAUGUGCCUUUUGCCUACGGCUGAGAGAAAAUGACUUGCCCAAAGUGAUCCAGCUAGCUUUCAUGGCUAAGUCAACGAGGGUGAAGGAAGUAGUGUCAGCAAAGAUGGCACUCAGUCAGGACAUUUUGGUGGUAAUGAUGCUACUAUAUGGAGUAACAGGCACCAUGAUCAACCUCAACAAUAAUGGCUUUGAAGACAUUGUUAUUGCUAUUAAUCCAAUGAUACCUGAAGAUCCCAAAAUUAUUACCAACAUAAAGGCUAUGGUUAAAGAAGCAUCUAAUUAUCUCAUCAAAGCUACAGAACAAAGAUUUUACUUUAAGUCUGUAAAAAUUAUAAUUCCAUUGACAUGGACACCCAAACCAGAGUAUAAAAGAGUAAUAAGAGAAUCCUACGAAAAAGCCGACAUCAUAGUAGCUGAUUCUCACUUGAAGUCUGGAGAUGAUCCUUACACUCUGCAGUUUGGAGGGUGUGGGAUACCAGGAAGAUACAUUCAUUUCACGCCAACAUUUCUGACAAAUGACAAAUUGCGUGAUAUUUAUGGAUCUCGAGGUAGAGUCUUUGUUCAUGAGUGGGCUCAUCUCAGAUGGGGUGUCUUUGAUGAAUAUAAUUAUGAAGCUCCUUUUUAUGUUACUAAGGAAGAGAAAGUUGAGGCAACAAGAUGUUCAGCUAGUGUCACCGGUAUUUACAUAUUUCCAACUGGACCAGGACAACACAGAGACUGCAAAUUCCUGCAUGACAUUCAGAUGUAUGAACCAGGAUGUCAAUUUGUAGCUGAUAAAUCCCAAAGCACUCCAGUAUCUAUAAUGUAUAUGCAAAGUCUACCUUCUGUUACUAUGUUCUGUAAUGAAAGCAAUCAUAAUAUUGAAGCACCAAAUCUGCAAAACAAAUUCUGCAACUAUAAGAGUACGUGGGAAGUAAUUAUGAAUUCCCCUGACUUCGCCUCUUCGUCUAUAAUAAAUACUCCUCCACCUGAACCCACUUUCACCUUGAUGCAAACACGUGACAGAGUUGUCUGUUUAGUGCUUGAUGUCUCUGGAAGCAUGGGAGGUUAUAACCGCAUUACUAAUCUCAAGGAAGCUGCAAAAGUGUUCCUCCUACAAAUUAUUGAAAUUGGUUCCUGGGUUGGAAUUGUAACGUUUCAAAGUUCUGCCACCAUUCAGUCUCCCUUGAAACAGAUUGACAGUGACAACGUUCGGCAGAAUCUUGUGAAUUUUUUGCCUACCACAGCUGGUGGAGGGACUAAUAUUUGUGCUGGAGUGCGCGAAGGAUUUAAGGUGAUUAGCGCGAAAGAUAAAAGUACCGAAGGGGGUGAAAUUGUGCUCUUGACAGAUGGAGAAGACUCAGGAGUGCGUGUUUGCUUUAAUGAAGUUGAAACUAGUGGAGCAAUAAUUCACACCAUUGCUUUGGGGCCAAGUGCUGCACAAGAGCUAGAAAUGCUAUCAGCCAUGACAGGGGGAUUAAAAUUGGCUGUCUUUGAUAAAGUGGAUCCCAAUAGCCUCAUAGAUGUUUUCAGUGGAAUUUCAUCAGAAAGUGGAAAUAUUUAUCAACAGUCAAUUCAGCUUGAAAGUAAAAGUCAGAAAGUUGAUGCCGGCAAUUUUCUUAAUGGUAUUGUAUCCAUCGAUCACACUGUAGGAAAUGACACCUUUUUUGUAAUUACCUGGAGUGAAGCCUAUUCUAAACCUGGAAUUCUUCUGACGGAUCCAAAAGGGAAAACAUAUAAUCCUAACGAUUUUGUAGUUGACAACACCAAUCUCAAAACUGCUCGACUUCAGAUUCCUGGGACUGCCAAGACAGGAGAUUGGAUUUACACACUUUAUAAUACACACUCAACAUCUCAGGUGCUAUCAAUCACAGUAACGUCUCGAGCAGCAUCUCUAAAGGAGCCUCCAGUAACUGUGAAGUCCUAUGUAAGCAGUGAUGCAAAUGCUUUACCCAAUCCAAUAAUUAUUUAUGCAGAAGUCAGUCAAGGACUUUUGCCAGUGCUUGGUGCAAAUGUUACAGCCACAAUUGAAUCAAAUUCUGCAAGUGAGGAACUAGAGCUUUUGGACAAAGGUUCUGGUGCAGAUAUUAUCAAGAACGAUGGAAUCUACUCAAGAUACUUCACAUCAUUCACAGAAAAUGGUAGAUACAGCAUAAAGGUGCAUGUCCAAGGGAGAGAUGGGACCAGCCAACAAACUCGCCUAAGGAAUCACGCUCUAUAUGUCCCAGGCUAUGUAGAAAAAGGUGAAAUAAAAAUGAAUGCACCAAGACCAGAAGCUAGUGACAAUGAUACGCAAGCAAACCUUGGAAAAUUCAGCAGAAUUGCUUCAGGAGGUAGUUUUGUAAUGACAGGAGUGACUUCUGGAAGUCCUUCAGAUGUCUUUCCACCAUCUCGAAUCACUGAUCUUGAAGUAAAACUCAAUGAUGAGGAUGAUUUCCUUUUGUCAUGGACUGCUCCUGGAAACGACUAUGAUAAAGGAAAAGCUGAAAAAUACGAAAUAAAAGCGAGUGAAAAUCAUGUGAAAUUAAGAGAUACUUUUGAAAGUGCUACUUCUGUGAACACAUCUGAUCUGAAACCUGAUGUUGCUGGGAUCAAACAGUCAUUUCAAUAUAAGAUGGAAAACUUCACAAAAGAAAAUGGCACCGCAAUUUACUUUGCCAUUCGUGCCAGUGAUGGCAGCAACAAUAUUGGAGAAGUAUCUAAUAUAGCAAGAGCAGUUGUACUUCUUCCUCCAUUGCUCAUUACUACUACCACACCCACCAAUCCUAGCUCUGCUCCAUCUACACCAACCAAGCCACUAACCACAAAAGCCACUUCUACUUCGGAAGCUCCCAAUUUUGGACCCCCUGGUGUGAUAAAUAUGGUGACUGUAAUAGUUAUCAUAGUAUGUGUUGCUCUAAUUAUCAUUUGUGCUUGUAUAUGUAUAACUAUUUGUGUUUUGCAUAAGCAAAAAAGGGUAAAUCCUGAAACUGUAAUGUAAGAAAAAAUAAGAUCAAAACUAUAGAAUGGAAGGACAAAUAAAUACAAUCUGUGAUGGUUACAUGGAUUUUUAACAACCUGUGUUUGUGUAUUUAGAAGACCAAUUAAUAUUCUCUGUCAUAGACAUAAAUUUCUGCAGUAUCGUUGAUUUUAACUUCUAAAAGUUGAAAGGAAAUUGAAUCACUAUCCUCAUAGGGAUAUAGGGUAAGAGGUGAGUCAAAAUAAAAACAAGUUAGAAAUACUUAUAAGCCUCAUAUUUUAAAUUUUACAAGCCACCUGGAAUCAUCUAUGUGUGAGUUGGGUGGAUAUAUAAAUUUGUUUAAUAAAUAAAUACAGAACUUUGCUUUCAUCAAGCAAAGUUGAAUUUCCGAUGCAAAUAUUCCAUUUAUCUACUCCUCCUUUUACCUUUAGUGUAAAUUUAACAUAAAGCCAAUCUCAAAGGCAGCAUUAUUAAUUUCAUUUAUACUGAUUUAUGAGAAUAAGUUCUGUUAGGUUUAGGUUACAAUAAUAUAACCAUAAUGGAGUCUGAUUCAGCUUUACACUGAAGUAUUUUUUUCUGAGAUGAGAAAGAUUAAAUUAAAUUAAAUUAAAUUAAAUCAAGUUUCUGCAGGCAAAAUUUAGAUGAGUUGAACAUGUUGAAUGGCUAAAGUGACAACUUUUUAGGAAUUAUGAAAUCUGGAAGCCUUAAAGGUGGGGGAUUUGGGAUAAAAUAAUUAUAGAACAAGAUAUUCAUACAAUUUAGUAAAAUUGCCAAAUACCCAAUCAUUAUAUUGCACAUAAUGUUCAAUACUACACUUUAACUAUAAUGGAAAAUGGCUUAGCAAUUCUGAUCCCUAUCAACAGGGACAAAAUUGCUUCUCCUAAAUAUUGGUAAAUAAGUAUCAAGACUCAUGUCAAUAUAAUGUUUUUAACAAACAUGUUUGGUAGGGAGAGAUUUAGAAGAAUCAUAUAGGACCAAAUAAUCAUUGUUUCAUUUGAACAAUUUUACUUAUUUUCAUUUGUUUAUUCAAUGUAUUCAGUCUCUGUUCCAUGAAUCUGGGUAGCUAACCAGGAUUAAAAACAAAAUAAAAACAACAAAUCAUUAAAUAAUAUAUAGAGUGGCCAAAAUAGAAAACCAACCAACUCAUCAAUCAACAUUUGCUCCAGUCUUUCUGAAGUUUAAUAAAGACUAAAUUUAAUUGAUUCUCAA